AUGAAUGUCGGAAAGAUCAAUGAUGUUUGCUUUCCUAAUUUGAAUGCUAAGGUCUUUUGUAGUGUGAAGAACAAGUAUAACAACAGCUCAAAGGGAAGUCAAAACUCUGUUUGGCCUUCGAGAUCUGCCCAGGUUUUCAGACUUAGAGCAUCUGCCUCUGUUCAGACACAAGUUCUUGUUUCUGAAAAAGCUUCAGAGGUUAUAACCAGAACCAAGCCGAAUAAUGCCACCAAAUUAUACGUGGGCCUCCCACUCGACACGGUCACCAGCUCUAACACGAUAAACCACGCCCGAGCAAUCUCUGCAGGGCUUAAGGCCCUCAAGUUAUUGGGUGUGGCUGGUGUGGAGCUCCCCGUGUGGUGGGGCGUAGCCGAAAAUGAAGGCAUUGGAAAUUACAACUGGACGGGUUAUCUAGCUGUUGUUGAGAUGGUCAAGAAAUUGGGUCUUGAGGUUCGUGUGUCACUCGGUUUCCAUGCGUGUAAUGAAAGCAAGAUAACCCUCCCGAAAUGGGUUUCGAAAAUUGGUGAGACGGAUCCGAGUAUUUUUUUUACGGAUCGAACCGGACAGCGAUACAAGGAUUGCCUGACGUGGGCUGUGGACGAUCUUCAUGUAUUGGAUGGGAAGUCUCCAAUGCAAGUGUAUAAGGAGUUCUUUGAGAGUUUUAAAUCUACGUUCGCGGAUUACAUGGGGUCGACAAUCACGGGCCUAACGAUAGGGCUCGGUCCAGACGGCGAGCUCCGCUACCCAUCCCAUCACCAGCCAAUAAAAUGCAGCUCCCUUGCCGGACCCGGCGAAUUCCAAUGCUAUGAUAAACACAUGCUGGCCGACCUCAAGCGCCAUGCCGAGCUGCACGGCCACCCGCUGUGGGGUCUCGGCGGGCCCCACGACGCCCCGGACGGCUUCUUUGACGCGUCCUGGGACACCCCAUACGGUGAUUUUUUCCUCUCAUGGUAUUCGACCCGACUCUUAGCCCAUGGUGACCGGGUCCUGUCCUUGGGGGAAUCGAUAUUUGAAAGCUCGCCAGUCGAGCUGUCGGCAAAAAUUCCAUUGAUGCACGGGUGGUGCAAGGCCCGUUCGCACCCUUCGGAGCUGACAGCUGGAUUCUACAACACGGACAACAGGGAUGGGUACGGGCCCGUUUUUGAAAUGUUGUCUAGAAAUACGUGUGGGGCUGUGUUGUGCGGGCUGGACUUGUCGGGCCCAGAAUUACUUGUCUCGCAAGUAAUGGAAUCUUGCGAGGCGCAUGGGGUGGAAGUGUCGGGUGAGAACUCGGAGGUGUCUGGGGGUAUUGAGCGGAUAAAGAAUAAUUUGGCGGGCAGAAAUGAGGUGGUCCGCUCGUUUACGUACCAGAGGAUGGGGGCUCAUUUCUUUUCGCCCGAGCAUUUCCCGGAGUUCACACGAUUCGUGAGGGGGUUGAACGAGCCGGAUCGGAGUUUGGAUGAUCUGCCCGUGGUGGAUGAAAGGAGUGUUGGGUCUUUGUCUGGUAAGAAUCUAAGAAUGCAGACUGCUUGA